AUGUCGAUUAUUGGUGCGGCAGCGGGAUUCUUAUUUGUGGCUACCUAUUCACCAUCGUGCAGGUUGAACGAUGGCAAAUUUUACGGUCUGGAAGUAGAAUAUACACGCGUCCGACUUGGGCCAUCAGGCACCAUGAACCUUGUGAUGAUGACGGACAGCCAUGUGCAUUGCCUGUAA